AUGACUCCACCUCAACAAUUAUUAGAUUUCAUUACUAUUCUUGAACAAUCUGAUUUCACUGAUUUUCAAAGUUACAAUUAUUCUAUUCAACGGGAAUAUCCUUUAAUUCAACAAGAUAAGGUAUCUGAUAUCAAUUCCAAGAGUUUACCAACAAUUGAAGAUACAGUAGCUCAUUUGAAAUUAUUGAAAGCUUUUGGUGUAUUAAAGGCAAAAGUACUUGGUACUACCAAUGUAAUUAAAGAUCUUAAACUGUAUCAACAUAAACAUUGGCAAGUAUUUCUUACUAAUGCAGUAAGACGAUUUAUUAUAUUUGUUUCAGCAUUGAGGAAUCAUUCUUAUGAAGUAGGUCCAAAUGCCAUUGUUAAAGAAGACGGUUUUUUUAAUAUCACAAAGAAUCACAAAUUUGAAAGUAUGAUGGGUCAAAUUAUACCUCCUUUGGAUGUAAUUAUGAUAUGGCAUGCAUUUUUAUUGAAUCCGAAAACUUUUUAUGAUACAUUCAUUCGAGUUGAUUUUAUUGUAUUUGCCAAGUAUCCUUUACCAUUGGAUAGAAUUCAUGGAUGUAUUGAUAAUAAUAUUUUUGAAUUUAAUGUUCCAGAAAUUUAUCGAGAAAAUUAUUCAAAUUUAUUGGAAACUUUCACUAAAGAUUCCAAUGAUUUAAUUUUUGAUCCUAUUGAUGAAUUAAAAACAGUUGAUAUUAUCAACAAGAAAGUCAUUAUUUAUUGUCCACGAUGUCAAGAACCAUUAACAUUUCAUCAGGUACCACUUCUGACAACUCUGAAUACUGGAUUUGCUGAUCCAGGAUUCAAAGCAGACUCACCAACCAAUAUUGAUGAGCGAAUGAAUAGGGGCCAGGAUCAUGAGAUAAAAUGUAUUUGCUUGCUUACACCAAUCUGGAAUCAUGAUCAAUUGAGAAAACUUCAAUUAUAUCUUGAUGUUCAUGGUGUUAAUGAAUUGCCAUAUGCUUAUAAAUAUUUUUCUACAGCAAUUUCAAAAUCAAAAUUUUUUAAAAGAAGUCCUUACCUUGUCAGUUCUAGUGUUAAAUCUUAUAUGAAAAACAGGUGGGAAAACUUGGAUAUUAGUGCAUAUAAGGAAAUGUCGUUAGUGAAUUUGAUCAAAUCAGUUUCUUCUUUACCCAUUGAAGAGAAAAAACUCAAAAAUCUUUUAUUAAGAAAUUAUCUUCAAUUUAAUUUAAUUUAUUUUACCGUUCGUGAUGGAAUUGCAAUUGGUGAAGAUUUAGUGGGUUGUGUUUUACGACAAGAACGAUUUAUUGAAAAAAUGAACACCACACUUAAUUGGUUACAUUCACCGUUCAUCUAUCAAACAUUAUCAGAAUCUUCAAUUCGAUAUGACAAUUUUUUCCAAAUGUUAACUUGUAAUGGUUUGAAACAAAUGAUUGUCCCCACUUUAGAUAUCGAUCUUAUGUGGCACACUCAUCAAUUAUGGAAUUAUGGUUAUUUCAAAGAUUGUUUAGAAUCACCAUGUCAUACAGGGAUUGAUCAUGAUGAUACUGUGGAUGAAAAUAAAUUGGAUAAAGGUUAUGAAUUUACUUGUAAAUUGUAUCGUAAAUUAUUCAAUCAGGAUUAUUCAAUUUGUUAUUGUCAAACUUGUGUUAUGCGUCGAAGUGCUGUUACAAGUAAAUUUUCAUUUUGGUUGAAAUCAGGUAGUAAACGAUUGAAAUUAAAAGAAAAGGAAAUUGUUAACAAUCCAUUGUUCAGUAACGAAGAAGGGUUUUCUCAUAUUAGUAUUCAUAAUUCAAUUAAAUUGCCAACACCACGAGCAGAAGGAAGAAGAAGAAAAUCUAUUACUGCGUCAUUGUUAGAAAGAGAUAAGAAUAAUUCCCAUUACUACUACACUCCUAAUACUUCGGUAUUUGUUAUAUCGCCUGGUGUUCCUGUGGAUUCAGAAAGUUCCGCAUUUUAUUCUAAUACUUUAUGUUGUUCAGUUGCUCCUACUUCAAGUUCAUGCGGUAAUUGUGGUGGUAAAUGCACAGGUCGUGGCGGAUGUGGUACUGGUUGUGGUAGUACUGCUGGCUGUAGUGGUGGAGGUGGAGGUGGUGGUGGUUGUGGUAGUAGCAGUGGAGGAGGAGGAGGAGGCUGUGGUGGAGGUGGUGGCUGUGGAGGAGGUGGUGGCUGUGGUGGUGGUGGUAGUUGA